UGGGCCCGGCUGCGACGUGAGAAGCCGGCUCCGGGCGCCAGCCGGGGCGCUCGCGCCAUUGGGGCGGGUGGGCGGCGCGAGGCGAGUCGGGAAGCGGGUCCGCGGCGGGUGGCUCUGGUCAAGGCGGCGGGACGGAGCCCGGGCGGCGGCGCGUCCCACCCGAGGGCGGCUCUGGCUGAGGGCGGAGGGGCAGGCGGAGCGCCCGGGGCAGCGGCUGAGGCGGGACGGCGGCGGCGGCGGGGACCGCUGUCCCCGGAAGAGCCGGCCGAGAUGCUGGCGGAAAACCUGGUCGAGGAGUUUGAGAUGAAGGAGGACGAGCCGUGGUACGACCACCAGGACCUCCAGCAAGAUCUCCAACUUGCUGCUGAGCUUGGGAAGACAUUGCUGGAUCGGAACACAGAGCUGGAAGAUUCUCUUCAGCAGAUGUACACAACCAAUCAGGAGCAGUUACAGGAAAUUGAGUAUCUGACCAAGCAGGUGGAGCUUCUACGGCAGAUGAAUGAACAGCAUGCAAAGGUUUACGAGCAAUUGGAUGUCACAGCAAGGGAACUGGAAGAAACAAAUCAAAAGCUAGUUGCUGACAGCAAGGCCUCACAGCAAAAGAUUCUGAGUCUGACUGAAACGAUCGAAUGCCUCCAAACCAACAUUGAUCACCUCCAGAGCCAGGUGGAGGAGUUGAAGUCAUCUGGCCAAGGGAGAAGGAACCAGGGAAAAUGUGACCAGGAGAAAUCGGCACCCAGCUUCUUGUGUCUGAAAGAGCUGUAUGACCUCCGCCAACACUUUGUGUAUGAUCAUGUGUUUGCUGAGAAGAUCACUUCCUUGCAAAGUCAGCAAAGCCCUGAUGAAGAAGAAAACGAGCAUUUGAAAAAAACAGUGACAAUGUUGCAGGCCCAGCUGAGCCUGGAGCGGCAGAAGCGGGUGACUAUGGAGGAAGAAUAUGGGCUUGUGCUAAAGGAAAACAGUGAACUGGAACAGCAGCUGGGGGCCACGGAUGCCUACCGAGCUCGGGCGCUGGAAUUGGAGGCUGAGGUGGCAGAGAUGCGGCAGAUGUUGCAGUCGGAGCAUCCUUUUGUGAAUGGGGUUGAGAAGCUGGUGCCAGACUCUCUGUUUGUCCCUUUCAAAGAGCCCAGCCAGAGCCUGCUAGAGGAGAUGUUCCUAACUGUGCCAGAAGCACAGAGAAAGCCUCUUAAGCGUAGCAGCAGUGAGACGGUGCUAAGCAGCUUGGCAGGAGGUGACAUCGUGAAGGGCCACGAGGAGACCUGCAUCCGGAGGGCCAAGGCUGUGAAGCAGAGGGGCAUCUCCCUUCUGCAUGAGGUGGACACUCAGUACAGCGCCCUGAAGGUGAAGUAUGAAGAGCUGCUGAAGAAAUGCCAGCAGGAAGAGGACUUCCUGUCCCACAAGGCCGUGCAGACCUCCAGGGCCCUGGCCAAGGACCCGGCUGGAGUGAAUGCCCAGCCUGAGCCCAGUGCUAGCAGCUGGGAACUGGCCUCUCUUACCCCAGAGCCCAUUGGCUCCCCCACCACCACCACACCUCCAGAAUACAAAGCACUUUUUAAGGAGAUCUUUAGUUGCAUCAAGAAAACUAAGCAGGAAAUAGAUGAACAGAGAACGAAAUACCGAUCUCUCUCCUCCCAUUCCUAAUUGAACCUCCAGCUCUUCUGCUAAAAUGCCUGUUUCCUAUCACAUCUCUCUCCACUCAGACAAGUGUUUGUAAACCCAAAGCCUAACGUUGCUCAUGAUGUUUGCCUCAUUACUUUGCUUAUUUAGCAAAUGUGUACAUCGAGGAAAGAAGGUGGCUACUGAUGUCAGUUCUAUAAUCCAGUUCUGUUUAAGCUUCUCAGGAAAUCCCAUGACAAACUGGCCUCGGGCUGGCGCGCUGAUUAGGCUGCAGUUUCUUGAAAAGCCCCAGAACCAAUGGAGGGAAGAUCUAUGCUCCUGGAGAAGUCUGCCUGGAGUUACUAUAGUAUAUAGUAUAUGUAUUGUGUAUAGUAUAUUGGGGGGAAAGGGCAGAGUUGAAACAAAGUCAAGGCAAUUGUUGCUGCCUCCUUGCUUCUCAAAACUACGUAGAAGUCAGAUGGCUGCCAAACUGAAAUAUCUUUUGCAAACACUGUUGGAUACUGUGAAUUCAGUAAGAAUGUUCAGGAGAAAGCAGGAGUCUAAUCCAAAAUAAAUGGCAUUAACAAAUGCUCCAAGCCUUUGAGUUGUGUUACAUCUGCUACCAGUUGAACUGUGACUGACAGGUAAUCCUAAAACCUCUAAAUCUAAUUGAAUACCAAAUGGAAAGGGCAGACUCUGGUUUGACCAGCUUAGCUUGUUAGUAUCCACCCCCACAUUCAAAUGUUUUUAUGCAAAGCUAUAGUGAUUAGGACAGGCAAAUAUGUAAAUCUUUCAUUCCUUUCUUAAAUUCAAACUAAAAGGGCAAGAUCAAACCCCUUACUCUUACUGUGUUGUCGGAGCUGGCUAACCUGCCAGCCACAAGCUGCUCUUGCUCAGUUUCUUCAUUCCUGUAAAUGGAUUUGACUUGCUGCAGAAACUCCGAUCUGCUACUUUGUUAAACAGUAUUGACGUUCUGACUGUGGAAAUGUACUCACCCUCUCACUUGCAUACUUUUAAUUUAAAACUAUUUAAGAAAACCGAGGUUAUAGUAAUUGUAUAUAUUUUUCUAAAAACCAAAUAAAACUAUGAA